ACGUCCUGAGAUAUUACCGUCCCUUGCUGUGGAAACCAGCGAGAUGACAGCUGUUUUUUCCUUUUUGAAUGUAAUAAAUAUUUGCUGCUUUUGAUAUAUUUCGGAAUUUCUUCCCCCUGCUUUUUCCUGGAAUUUUAACUCUAAAAGAUUGGAGAAAAGAUUAUCAGAAAGGCUUUUACAAGCCCCCAAGAUGAUGCUGAGCCCGGACCAGGCCGCCGACUCGGACCACCCCAGCUCGGCUCACUCGGACCCAGAGUCGCUGGGCGGCGCGGACGCCAAGGUGCUGGGCAGCGUGUCGGACCCGGAGCCGGUGGAGGAGGCCGAGGGCGCCGGCCCCGGCGGCCGCGCCGCGCUCUACCCGCACCCGCCGCAGCUGAGCCGCGAGGAGAAGCGGCGCCGCCGGCGCGCCACGGCCAAGUACCGCUCGGCGCAUGCCACGCGCGAGCGCAUCCGCGUGGAGGCCUUCAACCUGGCCUUCGCCGAGCUGCGCAAGCUGCUGCCCACGCUGCCCCCCGACAAGAAGCUCUCCAAGAUCGAGAUCCUGCGCCUGGCCAUCUGCUACAUCUCCUAUCUCAACCACGUCCUGGACGUGUAGGCCCGCGUGCCGCGCGCCCUCCGCGCGCCCUGGUCUGUGCCAGCGGCCGGAGGGCGGAGGCCGCGGCCACCCACGGGACGGCGGCCGCGAGAGACUGCACGGAGAAGGAGCUCGGGACCGGCCUCGGGCCUGCAGGGCAAGCGUGGCAGGUGGAAGGU